AUGCCUGGAUCCGGAAACUGUGCCUGUGGCAGCAUCGCCUUUACCUACAACGGUGAGCAUAUUCCAAACCUACAGGAAGGCAAAACUAAAAACAUUCAUCAGGCGAACCUGCCCUUACGGCGCUUUGCCACUGUACCGGAUGUCAACAGUGGAGUGGAAGCGCAUUUUCAUCCAAUGUCGCCGUUCCAACUAGCAACUUUGCGAUCAGCAAAGGAACGCCCAAAAGUUGGGCUCGCCUUGCAGAUGUAUCUGGAAAAGAGCAUCGUCACUUCUUCUGUGGAGGUAAACUGCGGAUCUAGCCUUUACUCCCAGCCAGAGGGCAUGCCGGGAGUCACCCAGAUCAAGUCGGGAAAUCUUCACGACACAGAAAUCCCUAUCGGUGUGGAGAUCUUUUCUACGCGUCGUCUUAACUAUGUUACUCCCAUCUCGAGUGCAAAGCAGACCCCCGAGAUGCCUUGA